GACGUUGUAAAAUGGACCCUUCAGCAACGUUGUUGAGUAUUCUUCACAAAACCCAAGCGUCACCUUCCGAAUCGACAAUGGCUGGUCAAAGAAGUCCACCAACACCCUCUUAUCCGCCAUCGCAACCAACUCCACCUCCGAGGCAAAGCCCUCCCAAGACUUUUGGUUUUAAUCAGACAUUUACUCAACAAACUGGGUAUAAUUCCACUGUUACUUAUUCACCAACUACCGUGCCACCACCGCCACCACCAUUACCUGAACCAGAAGUAAUGUCACCUAGCCCUUUGACGUCUUUGUUUAAGACUAUAAAUCCCAAUUCCCUUACUUCGCCUGUAUCAACGACACCACAUAAUGUUGUAGUUAGCCAAAUACAAAGUCCUUCAAAUGGCGAAUUUAAAAAUUUAUCCUCUCCAACGACAGUUGACCCAACUUUAAACGUCGAUAAAGCUUCAACCGAAUCUCUUAAACUUGCAUUAUUUGGCCGUCCUACACCGGUCACGAGCCAUGAAGAAAGUCAGCAAGAAAACGAAAUCCAAUAUCAACCUGAAACUUCAAUGGUUUCAAAUGAAAGUCCAGAAGACGAAGAUAACUCUUUUCUUGAAGAAACAUCUGAAAUAGAUGAACAUUUAUCAUCUCCCACUGAAGUUAUUGAUUACAACAAAUUAUCUAGUUUGGAAUCUUUUAAACAAACUUCCACUACUACAGCUAUUAAACAUUCACCGCCCAUGACGAACAAAUCGAUAUUCACAUAUAGCAAUCCAUUUGACCUUUUAAAAAAAUCACCGCCAUCUUCUCCUUCUCACCGGCAUCCAGUCGUUCACCAGUGGCCGUCACAAUCGUCUCCACCCUCACAAAAGAGAAAAGACGUAUCGACUGUUCAAAAAGAAGGUGGAAUUUUCUAUAGAUCUCAACAACAAAUUGAACCAUUCCUUUCUGGAUUUUCGGCUUGGAAUGUACGCGCGAGCGCAGCGCCAAAAGGUCAAACAAGUAUUCCGGAUGGUGUAAGACUUCCCAGAGGAGUUCUUCUGUAUGAUACUGGCGAACGAAAUGAAAAGGUCUUGUGCUCAAAGGAUUUGAAUCUUACAACCAUAACUCUUAUUCCAAGUGAUUUGGAAUACCGUCUUGGAAAAUCCAUUGCGGUCAACGGGCGUUACAUAUGCUAUGUUGUUAAAGGUGGGAAAAUUAGAGUUAUUAGCGCUUUAUAUGGAAGCAGAACCUUAUUGCGGAAUCAUGACAAGGAUAA